AUGGAUGCGUGGAAAGAUGUCGUCACUUCCGACCAGCGUGCUGUUUAUCUGGGCCAGUGGACUAACUGGUCUCGGGGCCCUGUGCUCGGCGCAACUCUGACUCUAACUAAACGAGACGGCAAUCUUGUCAUUGCGUUCGCCGCAUUCUUCGUUACCCUGGUAGCCUCGAGAACCUGGAGGCUUAUCUGUCUCUGCUGCCACCAAGUCUACUCCAGGGACGCACCCAGGGACGCGCCAUAUCACCAACGCCAAGUCAUUCUUCGCAAUUCCUCCUCGCCACAAGCCGCCGUAUGGAGACUAGUACAACUCGGUCAUAGCUGGUUUUCCAACGAAUCUAUCGCGAAGCAGAUCAGAAGGACUGUUCUUCCCGUCCUCCUUGCUUUAUCUUGUAUAGCGGGGUUCGCCGGCGUUACGUACGUCCUGCCACUGUUGUCUGUCUCUUCAGGCGACGAAGUGCUGCUUCGACCCGGGGAAUGCGGCUGGCUCAAUGCCUCGGAGGCUUAUUAUAACAUCACAGAGUUCUGGACACUGACUUCGCCACUUCUCGCCACCCAGGUGACUAACGCAGCAAACUAUGCCCAGCAAUGUUAUUCGACUGACAGCACCGGCACACUCGACUGCAACGGAUUUGUCGAGAACCGGAUAGCUAGCACUGUGCAAUUAGAUGCUCCCUGUCCGUUUGAUGAAAGCAUGUGUCGUAGCACGUCGAAUAUAUUUCUCGACACUGGAUACCUUGACUCCCAUCGCCAUUUCGGUAUGAAUGGCCCAGAGGACGAGAGAGUUCUUUACAGGGGGACGUUGCAAUGCGCGCCUCUAGUAACCGAGGGAUAUACGACUACCGUGAAAUCAACCACGGGAAACUUCACGCAGUACCAUCAUGGAUAUUUCAGAGCCGACGCAACCAAGCAACUCAUCGCCGACGGCAUAUACAUGGUCCCAGACCUUGAAACACAAUACAACGUCGGCGGCAUAAGGAAUAACUCUUACCCUCUACCUUCUAGCAACUACAAGAUAGAUGUGUUCCCCGCUGAGAUAGUCAAUGGGUCAGUGACAGACUAUUGCGAGUACAUUCCCUUGCCGAAGCUUCAGCGGAAUGACGGCGACCCGUCCAUCGUUUUUCUAUCUGGAAACGGCGUACACUUCGUAGAUCGCUCGGAAGACGACUGGUACAGAGCAACGCGGCCAUGGCUAGAGGUUGCUCGCACAACUGAUCCAUCCAUGACCAAAACUUUCAUAUUCAACGAAGCAGCAUCUCCGCUAGGCUGCGUAGAGCAGUUCCAGUUUUGCCAACGGGCUCUCCCGGAAGGCCAGCAGUGUAGCGCGCUGGGCAGCUGGCUGGAUGCAUCGGCAGCCGCCUUGGACAUGAGCCCGUCAGACGCGGCCGCCUUGCGGCUCAACUGGGUUCGCUCGCAAGCAGCUAGGUUAAACACGGUUCUCAACACUUUGCAAGCCCGGGCUCUCACCACACAACGGACUCUAAGUACCGGCGUCCAAGGUCCAAUACUCGCAGACCAGUGGCAAUCCGACGUGCUCUCUUGGUGGGCUAUCAUGCUGGCCAAUAUGCAGAGUAAUUUCCUCGACAGCGUGGUCGGACCAGCUGAUAAACGACUGGACAAGUACAUCAGCGCACCCGAAGGGUCUACUAUCUGUGCCAACCAGAAUAUUCGAUCGACUGCAUACAUGUCAUUCAACGUUUUCGGGUUAUACACCCUAUUCCUCGGCGGCGCCCUGCUGAUCGCGCUCUCGUUCUCCAUCGAGCCGAUCCUAUCGUGUCUGUACCGGCGAAGGAGAUACAACCAGUACAAGUAUCUCGAGUGGGUAAGCAACGAGAGUCUCCAGCUGCACCGCCUCGCCCACGAGGGCGUGGGAUGGGGCACGUGGUCGCGCGCCACCGAGGACAUCCCGGUGACCAAGAAGGACGAGGUCCUGGGCUGUCUGGAUCUGGCGCAACCGCUGCACCCGCGAUUAUCUGAUUAUACCCCAGAACCGCUCGCCACUACCACGCCGGGAGUUGCGCAGACCACUGAACAGAUGCAGGGCGAUGAUAUGCACGAGGGUACUGACUCUGACAGCCUGCGUUCCAUUCAGCAGCAGGAUGCAAGCGAGGCACAGUAUCACCCAUGGAUGACGCAAAACCCAGAACACGCUCGGUUCCCAAGUGACGGCGGCGGUUUCCCGAGGCUACCAGCUCAUCUACCAGCUCAUUGGCCUCAGGGCGCGUCCGUGAGCAGGGAGGCAGGAAGUCUCGUCGAACGUGACACCCAGGCCGAUUCGUAA